GCUUCCUACUGAGUCAUUGCAUAUUUCUGACCAAAAUAUUCAAUUCAAAAAUACUAUUUUCCCUCUACUUAUAAACCCUACCUUACGUACCCAAAUUAACAACACAAUAAUGGCAAUAACUUCCGCCUGGAACACCACCGGCAGCGGCGGCGGAAGCUCCAUUCACGUCCACCACAAUACCUUGACACACACGUCUUUCUUCUGGGGCCAUAAAGCCGAAGUUCUUUUCAAAGGGUGGCCUGGUUCGAGCUCCGGCAUGUACGCAUUAGCUUUGAUAUUUGUUUUCGUUCUUGCUGUGAUCGUAGAGUGGUUUAACUACUGCAGUAUUAUCAAGCCCGGAACGAAUAAGGUGGCGGCCGGAUUUUUUCGAGUUGGAAUGUAUGUCCUUCGUACUGGGCUUUCGUAUAUGGUGAUGCUCGCGGUUGUGUCGUUUAAUGGCGGUGUUUUUCUUGCUGCUGUUGGUGGACAUGCUCUCGGAUUGGCGCUUUUCGGAAAGGUUUUUAAGAAGACUGAGCAGAAGCCUGAUAUUCCUCCGAUUAAUAUUAAGUGUUGAUAUAUUUGAGAGUGUUUUGAGCGAAGAUGAUGAUUUUGUUUUAUCAAUUUUUAAUUAUGGAACUGCGUGAAUAAUAUAGAUGAUGAUAUGUGCUAUGUGAAAUGAAAAUUAUGAGAUUGUAUGUAUUCAGAAAUUACGGGUUUGCGAAUUAUCAUAAUAGUGUUCAAUGUG